UCCGCCCACGGCCCGGGUUUUCCGGCGUCCCAGGGACAGCGCUGCCGACGCAGCCGCGCAGCCGGGCGCCUCUCCGCGCGCCAUGGACCCAGCGGUGGCCGCACAGAUGGGCCAGGAGGUGGCCGAGAAGGUGCUCCGGUACCGGCGAGACGCGUCGGGCUGGAAGAUAUGCCGGGAAGGCAAUGGAGUUUCAGUUUCCUGGAGGCCAUCUGUGGCGUUUGCAGGGAACCUGUACCGAGGAGAAGGCAUCGUGCACGGGACCCCGGAGGCCGUGUGGGACUGUGUCAGGCCGGCCGCGGGGGGCCUGCGGGAGAAGUGGGAUGAGAACGUGACCAGUUUUGAAGUGAUCGAGAGCAUCACUGAGACCCUGUGCGUGAGUAGGACCUCCACCCCCUCGGCCGCCAUGAAGCUCAUCUCUCCCAGGGACUUUGUGGAUGUGGUGCUAGUGAAGACGUAUGAGGACGGGACCAUCAGUUCCAACGCCACCCACGUGGAACAUCCCGCAUGCCCCCCGAGGGCAGGUUUUGUGAGAGGAUUUAACCACCCGUGUGGCUGCUUCUGCGAACCUGUGCCGGGGGAGCCGGACAAGACUCGCGUGGUCACCUUCUUCCAGACCGACCUCAGUGGCUACCUCCCUCAGAGCGUGGUGGACUCCUUCUUCCCCCGCAGCAUGGCCAGCUUUUACGCCAACCUCCAGAAGGCAGUGAAGAAAUUCCAUGCCUGACAUAACCUGGUGGCCAAGAACUCCCAGCAGUCCAGGAGGAGCCCCGGGUGUAGGGGCACCAGGGAGCCUGCCAGCACCCAGACACCUGUGGCCAGGGCCGGCAGCACCCCCUCCCCUGCUCCUGCUCCUGCUCCUUCUCGGGGCGGGUGUGGACGGCUCCACUCACACCUCUUCCUCCAGCCUCAGCUCAGCACCAGCAGGGACUCCGCCCAGCCCCGUGUGAUGCACUGGGUCAUAGGCCAUUAUGUGCCGAUGUCGUGCGGUUUGUCAUGGUCCUCAACACCGGAAGCCAAGUCCUGCCGCUUUUAACAUCUAGAACAUUGACCAACCCGUGCUGUAGAACCCCCAGUAUAUUUUUCUAAUGUGGCCCUCGUAUGUGUUUCUAAUACAUGUAAGAUUUCCCUCCUCAUUUGAAAGGAUGUCAGCUUGGAAAACGAUGGCUUAAACAAUGACGGAAAAACACUU